UACUACAAGUAGCUGACCUAUAAUUCUUUAUUAGGUAAGGUUGGUAAGAAUUUUCCAACCAAAUCCACUCCCCCCCUCUCUCCUCCCCUCUCGAACAGACAAAUCAGCAGAUUUUUCUAAACACUAGUACACACCUACUCAGAACAAAAUAAGGAGGCUAUCAGCUGUAUCUAUAUAAAUGGUGUCUGUCUCUUCAACAAGCUAUUGCUUUCUUGCACGAUCAACCAAUUAGAGAGAGAGAGAGUACAAAAUUUACAAGCUGAGAUAAAGUAAUAUCAAAAGUAUGGCAGAUAAUCAGAAAAUUCAUCCAAUCGUGGCGGACGUACAAGCGCGGCCAACACGUCCUUUAAUGGCUCAUGGUUUGUCAUUAUCAAAUUCAGAAAUGGGGAAAGGCAAUUCAGUGCAACGGCAUGCCCAUCCUCCAGUAAUCAGAAGUACCACCAACAAUAUUCCAGUGCUCCCAUACCCAUCAAAUCCACCAAAGAAAGGAAGCAGCUCAUGUUUCUGCAAAUGCAUGUGCUGGACAAUUAGCCUUCUUAUCUUCCUCCUGAUCUCCUUAGCAGUCACUGGUGUCACCAUUUACCUUGUCUUCAAACCAAAAAUCCCCCAGUACUCAGUUGACAGCCUGAAAAUCUCCGACUUGACACUCAAUUUCGACAUGAGCCUCUACGCCAGAUUUGACGUCAAAAUCACUGCGUCAAACCCAAACAAGAAAAUUGGAAUAUACUACGAAAAAGGAAGUCGACUGAGCGUGUGGUACUCUAGUACUAAGCUAUGUCAAGGAUCGAUCCCUAGAUUCUACCAGGGUCACCAGAAUACCACAAAGGUAGAUGUAGUUUUGACAGGUCAAAACCAAUAUGCAAGCGCCCUGAUGAGCGCGCUGCAGGAGCAACAACAGACUGGAAGAAUCCCUUUGGAUCUAAAGCUGGAUGUCCCGGUGAGCAUCAAACUUGGAAAGUUAAAGUUGAGUAAGGUGAGGAUAAUGGGCACUUGCCUGCUCAUUGUUGAUAGCCUAUCUGCUAACAAUUUGAUCAGCAUUAAAGCCAGCACUUGCAAAUUUAGGCCCAAGCUAUAAGAUUCAGUUAUUAUUAGUGAGGACUGACUUUGAAAUUGAGACUACUCAGAAGGGUGUCUGUAUUCCCCCCUUCAUUUGUUUUCUCCAUUAUUACUCCUAUUUCUUAGUGUAUUGUUUAAGUUUCCUCAUUGGAUUCAAUUUAUCAGUAAGUAUUUAAUAAAA